GCAGAUGGUGCUUCGGGUCACCAAUUGAGAAGCAAAGCCCAACUACAUAAACUUUAUUUUUUGCACUGGCUCCAACCCAAGGAGCCGCCUCGCCGGGUACUGUUAUUCAGCAGGACUGCGGGCAAGACCCCAAGGUAGUAAAACAGAGCCACAAAGCCACGAGCGAGCCAAGAUGGACACGCUCUACGCGCUCUUCGCGUCCACCUUUGACGCCGACCCAAACAAGCGCAAGGCCGCGGAGCUCGAGAUACGCAAGCUGGAGUCCCAAGAUGGCAUGCUCGCGACUGCAUUCCAGAUCGUCAAUAGCCAAGACGCUGACCUGGCUGUCAGGCAGGCCGCUGCCAUCUACGUCAAGAACCGCGUCCGCCGCGGCUGGGAUGUCUCGCGCGGACAGCGCGCUGGCGGCGCCUCCUCUUCUUCUGCAAUCGCCUCUUCGGACCGCUCUGCGCUCAAAGCGGGAAUGCUUCCUGCUCUUGCACGUGCACCUGAGCGCCUGCGCAUGCAUAUCACCACCACCUUGCUGUCUAUGGUCGCUACGGACUUUCCAGCGCAAUGGCCCGAGCUCAUGUCGGAGAUCGGCAACUACAUCAGCUCCACGGACGAUGCAGCAAGCGUCCAUGCAGGAAUUCGCGCGCUUCUAGAAGUCGUCAAGGCGUUCCGUUGGUCUGACGACGAGAACAUCCUGGAAGGUUUGAUUUCUUCGACGUUCCCACACAUUCUGACGACUGCCAGACAACUUCUCGCCUCACCCAACGCCUCGAGCCCAGACGCCGGCUCUAUCCUGCACGCGAUCCUUAAGACCUACGCGCGCUCCAUGACCUCCAAGCUCUCCGCGCAUCAGCAGUCACACGAUUCUAUCAUCCCAUGGGGGACGCUAAUGCUCGAAGUUGUUCAGUUCGAGGUGAAUGCUGUUCAGCUUCCCGACGAGCCGGAGGAACGCGCGAAGUCAAGUUGGUGGAAGGCAAAGAAGUGGGCUUACUUCUCCCUCAACCGCCUGUUCAGCAAGUACGGUAACCCGUCGCAGCUUCCGAGCAACAUGAAAAUGUACAAGCCAUUCGCCGAUGUCUUUGUUCAAAAGUUUGCACCGGAAAUCCUCAAUGUCUACCUCAAGCAGACCGAACUCAAGGCACAAAAGAGCGAUGGUCACUUCAUCAGUAACAAGGCGAUGCACUUCAUCUUUUCUUUCUACACGGAGUGCGUGAAACCCAAGUCCACCUGGGCAAUGCUCAAACCACACGUGGCUGCCAUCAUCCAAUCUUUCGCUUUCCCUCUGUUGUGCUUUUCACAGAUGGAUGCAGAGCUGUGGGAGGACGAUGCGAUCGAGUUCAUCCGCUCGCAGAUGGACCCAAUGGAGGAAUACAGCUCGCCCGCCGGAAGCGCAAGCAUCUUCCUCGAGACUGUCACGAGCAAGCGCAAGGCGAGUUUCAUGCCGACGCUCGAGUUUGUUAACUCGAUCAUGGCUUCGUACGCUACCACCGGAGGCCAAGGAGGCCGAUCCGCCCAGGAGAAAGAAGGGGCCAUGCGCCUGGCAGCAGCAAUGCAGCAGACGAUGGUCAACGACACUAUCGUCGGGCCGCAGCUCGACCAAUUUUUUGCGCACCACAUCGUCCCAGAGCUCUCCUCGCCGCAUGGCUUCUUGCGCUUCCGUGCUUGUGAGCUGAUCAAGGUGUUCGACAAGCAUGGCAUGCAGUGGAGCAGCGCAUCGACACUUGAGAGCGCUUUCAAUGGCGUCAUGCAGUGCCUCAUGGAUACCUCUGAGCUGCCGGUGCGGGUGCAAGCCGCUGCGGCACUCGGGGAGCUGAUUGCACAUGAAGAGGUGCAGUCUAUCAUGGCUCCAAACGCAGGGCGUCUGAUGCAGGAGCUGCUAAAGCUCAGCGAUGAGACGGAUCUCGACACCCUCAUGGUCACGCAGGAGAAGGUCGUCGAGCACUUCUCCGAUGAACUCCUCCCCUUUGCGGUCGAGCUGACCACUCAGCUGCGCGACUCGUUCAUUCGCAUGGUCCAGGAGCUAAGUGAUGCUGCUGCACGUGUAGAGGAAGGCGAGGGUGGACCGCAGCAGGUCGAGCUGGGCAAGAAUGACGAGGACAAGAUGUUUGCUGCCAUGGCCAACCUCGCGACCAUGUACCAGGUCAUCUCUGCCGCUGAGAGCAAGCCCGAUAUUCUCGCGCAGAUCGAAGCAGUGCUCCUUCCCGCCAUUGCCUUCACAUUUGAGAAGCAGAUGGCUGAACUGCUGGAUGAUGUGAUGGACAUCGUCGACAUGCUGACGUUUUACCAAAAGAACAUCUCACAGCAGAUGUGGGGUAUCUUUGAGCUGAUGCACAACGCUUUCACCACCUGGGCCCCCGACUAUCUUACUGAAAUGACUAGUACGAUUGACAACUUAAUCACCUUUGGCGCCGACAUGUUCCGGCAAAACCAAAAGUAUCGCAACAUGCUGUCCGAGAUCUUCGCGACAGCCACGCACAGCCCAAAUAUGGCCGCCGCGGACUACUUGGCUGCUUACAAGAUCGCAGACGUGAUGCUUCUGGUGCUGAAAGGCUCAUUCGACGUUGAGCUGCCGGCAAUUCUCGAAACGGUGAUUAACUACGCAAUGAACAAUCCCUCAGCGCCAGCGCCGGAUCUGAAAGUUCGGAAAUGGGCGGAGAUUGUCGUACUUGAUGCCUUUAUCUACAACCCGACGCUCACACUCCAGUUCCUCGAGUCCAAGGGCGCGACAGGUGGGUUCAUCGACGCCGUUACGUCUCGCGUAGCAGCGUACAACCGUGUGCACGAAUGCCGGGCGUGCAUCUUUGCCUUCCUCAACAUGCUUUCCGUUGCGCCAGAAAACAUGCCGGCUUCCGUGCAAGAGCGGGCACCGAAGGUGCUUGGGACCCUCAUCAUCCACUUGGCCAAUAUGCCAGCCGUUGUGCGGAAGCGCAAAGAGUUGCAGGACAUCCUCGAGGAUGUUGAAGAUGAAGAUGAGGAUGUUGAGGAUGGCGGCGUCAGCGUCGAGGUAAAUGGCAGCCUGGCAGACAAGUCGUUCGCGGACGAUGCGGACGUCUACGACGAAACGAACGACUACAUGGAACUCCUUGCAGAAGAAAGCGCAAAGCUCAAAAAGGCGGCAGCUGCGCAUGUUGGCCAGCUAGUCGAUGAUGACGAGGAGGAGGAGCUUGAUGACGAUGACGAGGACGAUGAUGCAAUCUUUGACAGCCCUCUGGACAAGCUGCCGAUAUACGACUGUUUCCGUAGUGUCAUGCAAGACUUACAAUCCAAGCACCCAGACGCUUUCAACAGUCUUACUGCGGCGCUUCCGGCUGACCAACAACAGGCGCUGCACACCGUUUCUCAAAUGAAGGACGAGGAUCUGGCGGCCAUCACUGCCGAGGACGAGGAGUGA